AAAAGCUUAAUUCUCGUGAGAAGACUAAUUGGACAUAUAGCAUUAGAUUAUGCAUAUUUUACACAGCCUCUCUUCCACACUUGACCUUAAUUAAUGCUCCAUAUCACUUUCAACUUUCUCAAAAGGUCAACGCUCACUUGUUUAUUCCGUAGGCCGUGAUGAGCAUAACUUCUUCCUUCUACUGCCCCGACUCUCAUCUGAAGCACACUGACAAUGAAACAGUUGUUCAAACCAAGCCAGUUCUGGAGCUCUUCAUUUACUAAAUCCAACACCAACCCAAAUCUUCAAGUUCCAGAUCCGGAGCCGAAGAAGAUGGCAACACCCACGAAACUAUCUGGAAUCUGCUCUCUGCUGAUGGGGUUUCUCUUUGCUUACUCUGCAUCUGUUCAACUAGAUGAUCCAGAUUGGUACUUCUGGUUGCCUCUGUAUUCCUUUGCUUGCCUUGUGAACCUGACGAGCCUGGUCUUCUUCACAUCCAAACUGGUCCCAAGCAUUGGGAGGCUGGCACUUUGGCUCGGGGUGUUCCUGUUCAUAAAGGUCGUGGUGGAGGACUACAGGCACAAGAUUGCUGGUUUCUGGUCGCUGGACAUGAGGGAGAGAGUUGUGAGAGAGAAAUUUGGGAGUGGGUUGGUUGUGUUCUCCAUGUUUCUGCAUCUUGAAGCCACAUCCAAUCAAAAGGGUCUCUUUACAGCGAAGGAUGAAGAAGUUGCCAAAUUUGUUGAACUUGGACAGAUGAUCUUGGUGGGCAUUAGCUACGGGCUGUCCUUGGUCUUCUUUGUGUUCCUCAAGGAUGUUAUGAAGUUUGACUGAAUGAAUCAUGAAGGUAUCAUAUACCCAGAGAUGGUCAUGUUUGUGUCUAUCAGUGUGAGUGUAAGAGCAUUUCAAUAGCACUAUUUCAUAUGUAUCUACAAACUUCAGUUUACGAAGGACGGAUUCAUAACUCUUCUUCUGACAUAAAUGCUGUUAUGAUCCUUUCGAGAACGCCGAUACUCCGACGGGUCAAACUUUGACCGAGAAGUUGUAAAUGCAGUAGUAGAGAUAGAUGUAAAUCUCGAUCCAAGACAUCUACACACAAGAAUCGAUUGCAGCCACCAAAAUUAUAAUAAGUCUAUUACGGUCUUG